AUAACAUCUGACUGACCCGAUCCGACUCUCGCGCCGGUCGCACGGCCGGCACCGCAGCGGCAGCACGCCUGAUCGGAGACGCGGGAAUUCCCCUCUCCAUCCUCCGGCAAGGUUGCAGAAAUGGUUGAUCCAAUGGGAAGCAAUGGCAGCAGCCGCACUGUUACCAGGGUGCUAUUCUGUGGCCCUUACUGGCCCGCUUCAAUUGUCUAUACCAGGGAGUAUUUGCACAAGUAUCCAUUUAUACAGGUUGACGAAGUAGGUCUUGAGCAGGUACCUGAUGUUAUUCAAAACUACCAUAUAUGCAUUGUAAGAAAUCGGCGCAUAGAUUCAGAUAUCAUUACAAGAGCAACGCAGAUGAAGAUUAUUAUGCAGAAUGGUGUCGGGUUAGAAGGUGUUGACAUAGGUGCUGCUACAGCACACAAGAUUAAAGUUGCAAGGAUACCUGGGUGUACUACAGGAAAUGCUGUCGCUUGCGCAGAAAUGGCGAUUUACCUUACUCUAGGUGUUCUACGAAAGCAAAAGGAGAUGGAUUGUGCUGUGAAGCGGAGAGAACUGGGCACUCCAGCCGGAGAAACAAUAUAUGGCAAAACGGUCUUUGUACUGGGUUUUGGAGCCAUCGGCUAUGAACUUGCCAAGAGGCUAAGGGUAUUUGGAGUUAAAAUUCUUGCUACCAAAAGAAAUUGGUCAUCAAACACGUUGCCUUGUGAUACUGAAGUACUAGUUGAUAAGAAAGGUGGCCUAGAAGAUUUGUACGAAUUUGCCGGAGAAGCAGACAUAGUUAUAACAUGCAUGGCCCUAACCAAUGAAACAACUGGUAUUGUAGACAAUAAGUUCCUCGCAGCAAUGAAAAAGGAAUCAUAUCUGGUCAAUAUUGCUAGAGGAGGCCUACUGGACUACAAGGCGGUGCUUAGUCACCUUGAAUCAGGUCAUUUAAGCGGUUUAGGGAUUGAUGUUGCUUGGAUGGAGCCAUUUGAUCCAGAGGAUCCAAUUCUAAAAUUCUCAAAUGUUAUUAUAACACCCCAUGUGGCUGGAAUCACCGAGUACUCUUUAAGAACGGCAGCAAAGAUUGUUGGUGAUGUUGCACUACAGCUUCAUUCAGGGGAGCCAUUCACUGGAAUAGAAAUUGUGAACUAGAUCCAAAAUUGGCAGGUGCAGAUGUCAUAAUUUAUUUAGGUC